UUAAUAUUUAUUUUAUAAAAAAUAAAAAAAAAUACAUAUUGUUUUUUCCAUGGACUUUCGUUGCUCCUCUUGCUUUUUUUUUUUUAUUAUAUUUGGAUUCUACUCAUACAAUUUUUUAUUCAUUCGGAUUCACAUACUGAUUUGCCUUCUUCCGUCCCUUUAUUUAGUAUUUAGUCCAACGACCACCCCUUUAGUGUUGAAAACAACUAAGUAGUUUGCAAUUUACAUAAUACCUAGUAUUGACUUCUAAGAAGUAUCAUUCUUCUAGGGAAUCUUUCAAUUUACUAACCAAUUCUAAAUAUAGAAUAGUAUUCUUAGUAUAUUUUUAUUCUUACUAAUAUUCUUACUAAUAUAUAUAUUCAUUAUUAGUAAGAAUAAAAAUAGAAUAAUUCGAUAUAUUCAUAUUCAAUAAUUAGAUUCUAGAAUAAACUAUCAUAUACAAAAACGAAUAAAAAGAACUUGGAAUCGUAGAAAGAAAAUUAGUCUAUCCAUAAGAGGAGAUGCGAUCAUAUGAAAAAUAUAACCGAUUCUUUUCUUUGCUUCAUUUACUGGCCAUCCGCCGGAAGUUUCGGGUUUGAUACCGAUAUUUUAGCAACAAAUCUAAUAAAUCUAAGUGCAGUGUUAGGUGUAUUGAUUUUUUUUGGAAAGGGAGUGUGUGCGAGUUGUUUAUUUCAAAGAAUACAUUGGAUCCAACCAACUGCACUUUUUUUGUUAUAACUAGGAAAAUGUGCAUGAUCCGGCGAAUGACUUCUUACUAAAUAACGAAAAAAAUAGUUAAGAACCAUAGCAUUUCGCGAUUCAUUGGUAAAUCUACUUUGAUUCUCUAUCAACCAUGAAUUUUGGAACAUUACCAUGGUUAAAGCUAACCAGUUUGAAGUUUCGACGCAGUCUAGUAUUCUUUCUACCACUAUGUUAAUAGGGAAAUUCGAAUUUUUUUGAUAUAGAACACUCAUGUCGAUAAAAUGACUUGAAUUCUCUUUAUGAUGAAAAAUAGGAAAAAAGGUGUUUUGUUUAACCCCUUCGUUUCUACUUUUCUACAAUGCGGAAUUGAUGACCUACGUAUAAAUUAAUCAGAAUUCUUUGGAUUUAAAGAAAAAAAAAAACAACUUUGCUGACAAUUAUUUGUUUGGUUAGUCAGAAGAGUCCUCCAAAUAUUAGGGUCUUGUAUUGAUAAUCAUUUUCAAGAUUUUUAGAAAUAGAGAAAAGAGGGUAGGCUCAUUUCAUAAUAACUAUCAGGAAAUUUCCUAUAAGGAAUUGAGUGUGAGAGCCAAAUGAAUUGAAAGACUCAUGUUUGGUUCGGGAAGAGAUCAUAGACAUUUCAUUUUGAAAUGAAUGGAAAGAGAAUCUACUUUCAUUAAUUGAUUUAUUAGAUAAUCGAAAACAGAGAAUCUUGAGAACUAUUCGAAAUUCAGAAGAACUGCGGGAAACAGCCAUUGAACAGCUGGAAAAAGCCCGGGCCCGUUUAAGGAAAGUAGAAAUGGAAGCAGAUCGGUUUCGAAUGAAUGGUUUUUCCGAGAUAGAACGAGAAAAAUUGAAUUUAAUUAAUUCAAUUUAUACAACUUUGGAACAAUUCGAAAAUUACAAAAAUGAAACCAUUCAUUUUGAACAACAAAGGGCGAUUAAUCAAGUGCAACAAAGGGUUUUACAACAAGCAUUAGAAGGAGCUCUGGGAACUCUGAAUAGUUGUUUAAACAAUGAGUUACAUUUACGUACGAUCGGUGCUAAUAUUGGUAUGUUUGGGGCGAUAAAACAAAAAAAGAACUGAUUAGAUUAGUUGUUCUACGAUUAGAUUAGUUGUUCUACUAGAAUAGAGAGUAUAGGCAGGCGGCCUUAUUUUUGUUUUUUCUUCGAAAAACAAUCUAAUUCACAAAUAUUCAUGGUAAUUUUUCGUGCAGAUGAAAUUAGUAAAAUUAUCCGUGAACGUAUUGAGCAAUAUAAUAUCGAAGUAAAAAUUGACAAUACAGGUAUCGUACUUCAAGUAGGCGAUGGCAUUGCUCGUAUUUUUGGUCUUAAUGAAGUAAUGGCAGGUGAAUUAGUAGAAUUUAAAGAGGGUACAGUAGGCAUUGCUUUGAAUUUGGAAUCAAAAAAUGUUGGUGUUGUAUUAAUGGGUGAUGGUUUCAUGAUACAAGAGGGAAGUUCCGUAAAAGCAACAGGAAUAAUUGCUCAGAUACCAGUAAGUGAGGGUUAUUUGGGUCGUGUUGUAAAUGCCCUAGCUAAACCUAUUGACGGUCGAGGAGAAAUUUCAGCUUCGGAAUCUCGGUUAAUCGAAUCUCCCGCUCCCGGUAUUAUUUCCAGACGUUCCGUGUAUGAGCCUCUUCAAACGGGACUUAUUGCUAUAGAUUCUAUGAUCCCUAUAGGGCGUGGCCAGCGAGAAUUGAUUAUUGGGGACAGACAAACAGGUAAAACAGCAGUAGCUACAGAUACGAUUCUCAAUCAACAGGGACAAAAUGUAGUAUGUGUUUAUGUAGCUAUUGGUCAAAAAGCAUCUUCUGUGGCUCAAGUAGUAAAUACUUUACAAGACAGAGGAGCAAUGGAAUACACUAUUAUAGUGGCUGAAACAGCAAAUUCCCCAGCUACAUUACAAUACCUCGCGCCUUAUACCGGAGCAGCUCUGGCUGAAUAUUUUAUGUAUCGUGAACGUCACACUUUAAUCAUUUAUGAUGAUCCCUCCAAACAAGCACAGGCUUAUCGCCAAAUGUCUCUUCUAUUACGAAGACCACCAGGUCGCGAAGCUUAUCCCGGAGAUGUUUUUUAUUUACAUUCGCGUCUUUUGGAAAGAGCCGCUAAAUUAAGUUCUCAGUUAGGUGAAGGAAGUAUGACUGCUUUACCAAUAGUUGAGACCCAAUCAGGAGAUGUUUCAGCUUAUAUUCCUACUAAUGUAAUUUCCAUUACAGAUGGCCAAAUAUUAUUAUCUGCUGAUUUAUUCAAUGCUGGGAUCAGACCUGCAAUUAAUGUGGGUAUUUCCGUUUCCAGAGUUGGAUCGGCGGCUCAAAUAAAAGCCAUGAAACAAGUAGCUGGUAAAUUAAAAUUGGAAUUGGCACAAUUCGCAGAAUUAGAAGCUUUUGCACAAUUCUCUUCAGAUCUCGAUAAAGCUACGCAAAAUCAAUUGGCAAGAGGUCGACGAUUGCACGAGUUGCUUAAACAAUCCCAAUCAGCUCCUCUUACUGUGGAAGAAUAGAUAAUAACUAUUUAUACUGGAACGAAUGGUUAUCUUGAUUCAUUAGAAAUUGAACACGUAAGGAAAUUUAUCGUUGAGUUACGGGCUUAUUUAAAAACGAAUAAACCUAAAUUCAACGAACUCAUAUCUUCUACCAAGACAUUCACUGGCGAAGCAGAAGCCAUUUUGAAGGAAGCUAUUCAGGAACAGAUGGAACUCUUUUUACUUCAGGAACAAGUAGAAAAAAAUUGAUUCCAAUUUUCAUACAUUUAUAAUUUCUAUAAUUACUCUCUUGAAAUAUUUACAAAAGAAUAAUAAAGAUAAGAAAUUCACAAUAUAUUUUUAGAAAUAUACGAAUUCAAUCAAUAUAUAUGCAAUUGCAAUAAAGAAUUCAAUUAAUAUAUAUGCAAUUGCAAUAAAGAAUUCAAUAUGUAAGAAAUUUGCGUCCAAUAGGAUUUGAACCUAUACCAAAGGUUUAGAAGACCUCUGUCCUAUCCAUUAGACAAUGGACGCUUUUCUUUUUUUCUUUCACUUUUCACGAAAUUGUCGUGAAAAGUGAAAGAAAAAAGAAUUCUAUAAAAUCUCGAUCGAUCUAUCAAAUCUGUAUCUAUCAGAAUAUAGAAAUAAUAAAUAUUAUAAAUAGACUAAGACUGAAUCAUUCAAAUUGUUGACUAUUUACUAUUCUAUUCAUAACUCAAACUAAAGAAAUCAAUUUAUUAAAUAAAAAAGAGAAUAUAUUGAGAAAUAGAAUAUAAGCGGGUAGCGGGAAUCGAACCCGCAUCGUUAGCUUGGAAGGCUAAGGGUUAUAGUCGACGUUUAUGAAUGAACGUCUCUAAUUCAAAACCGAACGUGAAACUUUUGUUUCAUUCAGCUCCUUUACAGAAUAAUUUAAGAGAGAGAUGGAAUACAUUAAAAAAAAUGACCCAUAACAUCUAUGUCAGCCUUUCGGUAUGAAUACAAUUAACGUUGCUUUUUAGAUGAUCCCUAUAGAAAAGGAGUAUUCGAACAAUCUCUUUUUUCUAGUUACUUCGUUCUCUAUUUCUAUUUCAUAGAAUCUUUAGGAAAAGAAUUAAAUUUCCGUCGAGGUAAAAAAAUCUGUUGAUGUUUCUAGUAAACUAAAAUAAUCGUUUCAAAGCUAUUUUGCUUCAAUCUCUCCUAUACAAAAAAAAUAAUAAAAAAAUUGGAAGAUUUAGUUACGAUUGGAAACAAAUUUUAUCUAUCUUUUUCCCUGGAUCCUUUAACUUAUAUUGAAAAAUUGGGAUUCUUGAUCCAAUUGCAAAAACUUAUGUUUCAUAAUUUUAGAAUUGAUUCUAAAAUGUAUACAAAUUACGAUAAUGUAUAUUAUUCCUCGAAUUGUUUGUUAAGAGGUAUAAAGGAUUAAAUCCCGUUAAGUAAGAAAUAAAGUUUUUGAUCGUGAUAUGAAUCACGCAAGCGACCCCUUAACUAUUAAGGGAUCGAUAGAACGAAUCGCACUUUUACCACUAAACUAUACCCGCUACAAUACCAUUAUUGUAUAUAAAAGGAUCUUUUGUCGAACAAGGGAAUCAGUCAUAAUUCUGAAAUAGGUGUAGAAUUUCCUGAUAAAUAGAGUGUUCACAUGUUUCGUAAAGGGCCCCCUAAUGAAAUUUAGAAAAGGGGGCGAAUCUCAUUUUUAGAUUUUGUUGAAGGUAUUUUGACAGAUAGAUCUCGACAAAAUUACUAAACUCAAUUCAUAACACAAAAAUGAAUUGUGCAAGACGCCAAAGUUCUAUUUCUUUUUUAGAUACGUUACCUGAUGAAUUCGUAUGAUAUACGAUCAAAAAGUAAUUUGUUCUUUUUUUUUCUCCGAGGUAUCAUAAGCAUAAUCAUUCCAUUUUUUCAAUUGGGGAGAGAUGGCUGAGUGGACUAAAGCGUCGGAUUGCUAAUCCGUUGUAUGAAUUUUUGUACCGAGGGUUCGAAUCCCUCUCUUUCCGUUUAUUGAUGAUUUUACAUUUUUGAACUUAUGGAAUUUUUUUUAUUCCCUGUUUGUUUCAUUUUUUACUAGUUCAAGAUCUAAAAUAGAUAUACAAAUGAAAAAUAUUUCAAAAUCCAGCACAAGUAAGGCAAAGACAAAAGAUUUUCUUAUUCUUCACGUCCAGGAUUACGUCCUGGAUCAUUAGAUAGGAAUCUGAAGAUGAAAAGAGAAACAAAGAAUAUCACUAUCGUGUAAACAAAUAGUUUUAGAGUAAGCAUUACAAAAUCUCCAAGAUAAUAAAAAAAACGACAGAGAAAGAGAAUAGAUUCUCUUCUAUUUCAUAUUCUGUUUCCUUUGAUACUCAGUUUAUAAGAUGAUACUCAGUUUAGAAGAAAUAAACUGAUUUCAAAAAAACUUAAGAAAUUAAUUUGUAGUAAGAGUAAGAGUUGAGCCUUUUUUUACCAUUACCAAAAAUUUUCUUUCAUAUCCACAAUAAA